CGCGGUGGGUAACACUCAGACGGUCCCUGGCUGUGGGCAGAACCGAACCAGAGUCCUGCGUGGAUCCCGAGCUCGGUCCGCUCCCACACACCGACCACAGUCCACGGAUCGUCGCGGGGCUCGGAGGCUCUCUGCCGCCGCCUAACGCCACCGACCGACCGGCUGCCGAGGGGAGACGUUACAAAGACUUGAAGAAGACCCUGGCGGUGCUGCUGGACAACAUCAUGCUCAGGCUCGGCAAGCUCGAGUCCAAGGUGGAGAACAUCUACAACGGCACGGGAAGUAACCUGACCAAUGGCACCGUCUCGCCGAGCUCCGGAAACCCAGAAAAAGUGAACGUGGCAGAUCUUCUAAACGGAGCCCAGGAGAAGUGCGAGCUGCCAUCGUUGGACGGUUUUCCUCACUGCGAGAGUAAAAUCAAGUGGAUGAAGGAGAUGUGGCGCUCGGACUCCUGCUACUCCAACUACGGCGUGGAUGGCUCCUCCUGCUCCUUCUUCAUCUACCUCAGCGAGGUGGAGAACUGGUGUCCCCGCCUGCCCUGGAGGAUGAAGCUCCUGAACGAUGAGAAGGACCUGAGUGGACAGGCCGAGAUCCGGACCAGUUUCGAGGGGCUUUACCGCUCGAUGUCGCAGCGGGAGGAGUUUCGCUGGAUGAUGCUGAGGAUCAAACGCAUGGCCGAGCCGUGGGUCGGCGCCAUCCGUUCGCUGGCUGCCAAGCAGAACCUGACCAAGCGGCGGAGGAAGAAGGUCCUGGUUCACUUGGGCCUCCUCACCAAGGAGUCGGGCUUCAAGAUCGCAGAGAACGCCUUCAGCGGCGGUCCGUUGGGGGAGUUGGUCCAGUGGAGCGACCUCAUCACGACGCUGUACCUCCUGGGCCAUGACGUCCGAAUCUCUGCUUCGCUUGCCGAGCUCAAAGAGAUCAUGCGUAAAGUGAUGGGGAACAAAUCCAGCUGCCCCACUCAAGGAGAUAAGAUUGUGGAGCUCAUCUACAUCGAUAUUGUGGGCCUGACCCAGUUUAAAAAGACCCUGGGCCCGUCCUGGGUCCACUACCAGUGCAUGUUGCGGGUGCUGGAUUCCUUUGGGACGGAGCCAGAGUUCAACCACGCCCACUACGCCCAGUCCAAGGGCCACAAGACGCCGUGGGGGAAGUGGAACCUCAACCCACAGCAGUUCAACACCAUGUUCCCUCACACCCCCGACAACAGCUUCCUGGGCUUCGUGGUGGAGCAGCACCUGAACGCCAGUGAUAUCAAACACAUCGACGAUAUCAAGAGGCAGAACCAGUCGCUCGUCUACGGCAAAGUUGAUAACUUCUGGAAGGACAAGAAGAAGUACCUGGACAUCAUCCACAGCUACAUGGAGGUCCACGCCACCGUGCACGGCACCAGCACCGUGCACCUGCCGAGCUACGUCAAGAACCACGGCAUCCUGAGCGGCCGAGACCUGCAGUUCCGUCUUCGGGAGACCAAGCUGUUUGUAGGUCUGUCCUUCCCCUACGAGGGUCCCGCCCCCUUAGAGGCCAUCGCCAACGGCUGCGCCUUCCUCAACCCCAAGUUCACCCCCCCGAAGAGCAGCAAGAACACGGACUUCUUCAAAGGAAAGCCCACGCUGAGAGAGCUCACCUCCCAGCACCCGUACGCCGAGGUGUACAUCGGUCAGCCGCACGUGUGGACGGUGGACAUCGAGAACACCGUGGAGGUGGAGCGUGCCAUCCGCUCCAUCCUCGGCCAGAAGAUCGAGCCCUACCUGCCCUACGAGUUCACCUGCGAGGGGAUGCUGCAGAGAGUCAACGCCUUCAUCGAGAACCAGGACUUCUGUCAUGGUCAGGUCAUGUGGCCCCCCCUCAGUGUCCUGCAGGUCAAGAUGGCCGAGCCGGGACAGACGUGUAAGCAGGUGUGUCAGGAGGCGCAGCUCAUCUGUGAACCGUCCUUCUUCCAGCACCUGAACAAGGACAAGGACCUGGCCAGGUUUGGAGUGGACUGUCAGACGGUGGAGUCCAGCGCCGACACGGUGGUCCCGGCCUACAGCGAAACGCACCGCCACUGCGUCUUCCAGUCAGACCUGCUGCUGUUCAGCUGCGCGGGGGCGCACCAGUCGCUGCGGCGCGUCUGCCCCUGCCGCGACUACAUGAAGGGCCAGGUGGCGCUCUGCAAGGACUGCCUAUAGCGCACAGGCAUGUGCAAGGAGGAAAGAAACAUUCAUUUAUUCUUCAUAUUUAUUACUCCGCCCCCCCCCCAAAC